UACCGGGAAGGGAGGGGAGACUGACACUGCAGUAACUGAAGAUACUCGGAACAGAUAAGUGGUAAACUAAAUUCAACGCUACUUGCACCCGAGGCAUUAAUUCACCAGCAUAGCCUGUGAGUGUGGCCCGCGCUGCCCUCAUGAUUCUGGAUGAGACGCCGCUCUUUGACCCCGCUCUCCUGAAGGAGCUGGACUGGAGUGAGAACAUGGUGCAGUUCAGCCCCCCCAUCUCCCCAUCACAGCCUGGGGAGGGGCUCCUGCUGAGACCCCUCUGCACCGCAGACUUCAGCAGAGGUUUCUUCAAAGUCCUGUCUCAGCUCACUAAGGCUGGAGAUGUGACUCCUGAACUGUUCAUAAAGAAGUUCAACCACAUGAAAUGGACGGGGGAUUAUUACGUCACUGUGGUGGAGGACACAAACCUGGGGCAGAUCGUUGCUACGGCAACGCUCCUUCUGGAGCACAAGUUCAUUCACUCCUGCGCCACGAGAGGGAGAAUAGAGGAGGUUGUUGUGAGCGAUGAAUGCCGAGGGAAGCAGCUGGGCAAACUGUUAGUGUCAGCAAUGACUCUUCUUAGCAAGAAACUGGACUGCUACAAAAUCACAUUGGAGUGUCUACCCAAGAAUGUGGCCUUCUAUGACAAAUUUGGCUACAGUUCGUCGGCGGAAACCUACAUGCAGCACAGGUUCUUCGACUGAUACAAACUCUUAAGCUUUGACCUCAUCCUGUCCUCCCACCUCCCUCAGGUGAAACCCCUGAACAUGACUGGCCACACACGCACACACACACACACACACACACACACACACACACACAUCCUUGAAGUUCGAACCUUUCGUUGGGAUUUUAGAGACCAUUCUUCAGUGGUCAACCUAAAAAGCAACAUGCAGAUCAGUGCAUUCAGUGCAUUCGUUGUGCUCUGAAAGAGUAAACUGCUCAACACACCAUGGUUUUAAAUAAACAGAACCAGCAGCAGCAGCAGCCCUGGAGCUGCAACACUGACCCAUAUAAAAGCAGGGAAACCCUGGGGGCCGAUAACUUGGUAUUAUUUCAGAGUCCAACUUCAUCAUGUGAUCAGAGGCAUUGAAAUGGGAGGUAUAGAUAUAUUAUACAAGCUGCUGUUCAGGGUGUGAAGGCCCACUUCAUGCAUUACGAAAUAGACAUUUUAACCGAAGGACCGCCUUGAUUUGAUUUAACAGUGGCUAUGCACAAGGUUUUGUAAUACCUUAUUAUUUAUGAAGUGCUUCUCAUUUAGAGUCCAAGCAACCAGUUGGGUUAAGACAACUCUACACUGGGGACAACUAGAACUACAUAGGAUAAUCAAAGCUGUCUAAUUACAGCAAAUAGUUAUUUUAGUUUUAAUGUAUAACAUGUAAAUUAGACAAAACUAGGUUUACUUGUAGACCCAUUUAUAGUCUGCCUUCCUCAUGGACUGGAGUAAUUCUGGAUAACUGAUGAAAAAGCAUUUUCAUUCUCUAGAUCAUCCUCAAAGUUAUUUUUAUCUUCCAGUAAAGGUAAAUUGGAAGAGUGGCUGUGGAGUUUGGGUACUUAUGUUUUUAAAAGUGUAUUUUUCUACUUUGUAAAUGUUAAAAAUGUGCUGAAAAAAAAUAGCUUCGUGCCCGUGCAGGAAUAAUCUUACAGAUCCCACCAAUACGCAAUACUACCUGCUUCAUCCAGCACUGAGAAGCGUGUCAUUCUGUAGAAACACCCACUCUGAAUCAUAGGCCAACCAACCUUUCCUAAAAAUCAAUCCUGAAAUUUCUGCAGGUGUGUAAUCAAACAAUUGGUAGAAUGAUAAACCUGUUUCUUUAGCAUCCUGAUAAGAUGAGCAGGAAUACAGCACGUCCACUUUAUACACUGAAUUGGAUCAGGACAAAAAUGGGAUGACAGUUGUAUUAUUGUACAAAGGUGAUCGCUGUCUAUGGAAAACAAAACCCUCAGAGAGAAGGGUUUAUAGAAGGCAUUGUGGUGAGCAAAAAAAAACUAAAAAUCGAUUGGAAUAGAUUUUUUUUUCCCCCCUAAAUAAUUUAAUUUUUUUUUUUUUUUUUUUUUUUUUUUUUUACAAAGUUGUCAAACACAUGUAUAAUAUUUAUAUGGUGAAGGGAUAGAAAAAAAUAUAUUGUGUAGGAAUUUUAGCAGCUUUAUCAUUUCUUUGUAUAUAUUUCUUUUGGUCAUACUACAUACAGCAUUGGCCACAUUAUUCUCUUACAUACAGUGCGUGAAAAGAAAUGGUGGGGUUAAUCAAAAAUAAUAAUAUUUAUUUGCAACGUAAACAGAUUUUGUUUUUGUUCAAAUAAAAAUAACUGUUUCAAACAUUUUGCUUUUUUUACUUCCCUUAUUAUAAUUUAUAGAACCUGACAGUUAAUUCUGACAGUUAUUGUUAAACAUACCACAUAAAAGGUCAAAAUAAUAAAUGCUAUAAAAUAGUAACAGCUAUUAAUUUUAUAAAGAACAUGUAAUUUAAGGAGUCAUAAGCAUGUCUGUGUUGUUUGUUACCAGUUGUGUUACAUUAUCUUAAGAUUUAUUCUACUUUUACAAAAAGAUGAUGGAAAGUAAAUCUGCCCUAGUGUAUCAAUUUACUAAAACCAGCUACUGUGCAUGAGGACCCUCUCCCCUAAGGAGCAGAAGAGCAGUUCUGAUAUUAAUUCUAGACUCUCCGAACUCAAUGAAUUAAAAAAUAUAUCACGCCCAUCAAUGACAAGUAUACCAGUACUAAAAAACAAAACAUUGGCAUCACAACUGGACAUCUUUAACAUUAAGUAACAUUGCAUUGUUGAUUCUGGUGAAAGAAUAAUAAACACAGAAACCAGGUAUUAGCAAACUUCAUUACUGAAUGUUUUAUAAACACUAUUAAGAUUUAUUUCAUUAUUUUCUUUUUUCUUUUUACAAAUUGGAACAGUUUUCAGAAUACUUUUGUUUUGCUAGAGCAGUAACUGACUGAGAAUGUAUUUUUUCCCCUCAAUGUAUUUAAAAUCACCAUCAGAUUCAUUUUCUCUCUCCAUGUACUGCAGCAUUGUUCCACAAUCCACAGGACAGCCUGGGUCUCAAAGACUUAUGACCUAUUUUAGAAACUCAUUGAAAUUUAUUGCUUUUGCAACUCUUGACCAGCAAAAGGUGAGGAUAAUUUAAAAUGUGUGGCAAGGUUAACCCUACCUUUCUUACAAUUAAAAUUACUCAGCAUAUGCAGUCUAUCCUCACGAACAGGAAUUAAUAAACAUCAAGCUGGAACAAGAGAAAUGUAGCACUUGCCAAUCUGCAAUGCCAAAUGCUUUCCCAACAAAAAAUGAAGAAACCUGCCCUACAGCGUGCCAAGCAGCACAGCCAGUUUCCGGCAGACCUGGAAAACAGAAAAUAUGGAACUGUGUUGCCCAUGCCAUGGCUUAAGCCAGUGGACAACACUAAACACACUUUAAAAAAAAAAAAAAAAGGUCUGCAAAUGGGGUGGUUUUCUGCAAACUCUGGAUCAGGGUUUCUCUCAUCUGCUUCAAACCUGCACAAAGGACCAAAGUGGAUUGUUUUUACUGACAAUCCCCCCCCCCCCCC